AUGCGACGUCAACCUCAGCAUACGUGUGUGAACGAUAAAACAAAAGCAUUAUCGGCCAAUGAGGCCGAGGCGGACCACCAAGAAAUGGAGAGUAUACCAACACACAGCCAAAGUCUUGUAGCGUCAAAGGCCGUGCCAGCGAACGCACAAAUGAAUUGUGAGACCGAUGCCUCGGCGCUCGGCGCCGCAUGGAGACUUGGUUUUACAACAGGAUACCGCCAGGCUAUCGAAGACCACAAUGGGGCUAGCCAGGCACGCGACGACGAGGUACCCGAGUACGAUCCCGGCUAUAUGGUGGAGACAUCCAGUAUCGACUCCUUCUACAGUGCACACAAAUGA